GCCCGUGUCUUGUGGCUCUGUCAUUCUAUGCCCAUAUAAGGAGAUUCACGAGGUGUAUUGCGCAAUAAACGCGCGGUUGCUAAUUCCCUCUAAGGAAUUUGAUUGGUCAGUACAAUCCGCAUACCUCCUGACCGCAUACUCGCCGCCGACGAUCGAGAUAUCCCGCCAUUUUCCACGCCAUUGUUGCCCGGCAAGGUCAGUGAAGACGCGCCGUCUUAAGCUUUUAGCCUUUUCCUAUGAGCUUAACACCAUCAAAACUACACCAAGAGAACCCUAGGACAUUGGAGAACCUAUUACAAGUGACCAGAAGCGUAUCUGGGAGCUUUUUACAGUAGAAAAAGGAGAGCGUCCCGUCUUUGCCAGUAGUCAGCUGAUCCCAUCCAUCUCCCCCACCAGGCUGAGUAAACAAUCUUGGACCAAAAAACACCACCAAAACACACUUUACUCAACUCCCCUCUCAUCACUAAAGGCUUUUCCUCAUCUCUACGAAGGACAGAGGCAGAAGAAGGGAUGGAUCACACUUCAGCUUUCACGGGGUUUUACUCGCCUCUAGCUACAGCCAUACCGCCCAGUCUUCGCUAUCCUUAUCCACCCACCCCAUCCAGUACACCAGCAAGGAGUGUUGGAGGAGGAGGUGCACCUACUCCUUCUGGAGGUAUCCUCUAUUAUCCACAACAGCCUCUAUCUUCCCCAUCCGUCAUUGAGAAGGGCAACCAAUCUGUACAGGAGGGGCAAGCAAGUGCUACAACAAGUCAAGAUGAUGAGGAUGAGUCACAGAAGAGACCGCCUCUUGACAAGAAGCUCAGACGACAGAUUGCCAAUUCAAACGAGAGGCGAAGAAUGCAAAGUAUCAAUUCUGGUUUCCACACGCUCCGAAUGCUAAUGCCACAUCUACAGGGAGAGAAACUCAGCAAAGCCUCAGUUUUACAACAUGCAGCUGAGCACAUCUUCCGUCUAAAUCAAGACAGAGACAGGCUCAUACAGCAAAACACCACGAUGAGAAUGAUGCUCACCAAAUACUGGACAAACGAUUCUAAAGGAGGCGAUGGAAAGAUGACAGAGGGAGGGAAAGUCAGCAAAGCCACGAGCCCCAUUACAGUCGAUGAGGAGAAAGCAACUGCUAAAGAGCUCGAACAAAUAUUUACAGCAGAGCACGAGCUGCAGAUGAUAAAGGAAGAGCUACAGCGUGAGAGGACUUUGAGGAUCCAGGCAGAGACAAAGAACCGUCUACUGCAAGAGAGGAUGGGCUCCGGAGAAGAUUCUGAAGAAGGAUCGGACGUAGAGUUCUAUAGCAGUCGCAAGAAGUCCCGAAUCACCCCAGAACCACGCAACAACCUUGAUAUAAUAGUACGGGCCAUCCGUCAGAUUGAAGGAGAUGCAUUCAGUCGAUCAACUACUCCUACGUGUUCAACUCAAGAAAGAGCAGCACUUUUCGUACCCAUCACUACAUCUAAUGAUACGUCAAGAGUGAGUCCUGUUACACCAGUGUUUGCUUCAUGAUAUCAAAUGACUCUCAUUUUCCUUUCCUUCCCACUUCUCUCUCUAUAGCUCUAGCUCUCUUUCCUUAUCAAUUCUUCUCAUCAUCAUAAUAAUUGUUAUCAUUAUCUCGCACUCACUCAGUAGCAGCUGUACCAUAAUAUGCCUACAUAUACACACACCCACGCAGUAUAAUUAUGCAACAACAAACAUUUGAUUAUAGAAAUAAAAAGAACUUGAUUGAUUCCCCCCUCUCUCUCUUUAUUUCUUUCCUCUUCUUUUGACCAUUGUAAUUAUUCUUUCUUUUGAGAUGAUUAUAGACCAGAUUGA